CGUCGUCGCCUUGCUGCGAUGGUGGUCGACCCGCACGCGCUGUAUCCCGUACGUUUGACUGAGGGAUGGGCCAGGGUUUCCACGGCGGCAGCGUUCUGGAACCUGGAGUUUGCGAUGGUCAUUUCGGAUGGAACGAUGCGUCCGUUGGCCGCAACAUCUACGGACGUUGGCUCGAUCGUCGUGGCCAAAGUAUCGUCUUGUCCAAUGGACGGACCAUUUGUAGGGUUGAAUGCUGUGCGGCGCGGCAAUAUCCUCGUAGCCAUCAAUGGGGUAGAACUGACCGCAUCCCCCACUUCGUCCGUCGUGUGGACCGCCCUAGACGACGCUACAACGACGGCCUCCGACGCCCAUCCCAGCAUUCUCCUCUUUGCACGGCACGAUUACGCCGACGCGAGCGCAGCAUUGAGUUCGACGAGGUCGCCGCCCGGCCAAUCCCUGGAGCAGAGAGCGUGGCAAGAAACAACGUGGUACUGCAGUGACCGCGGUCAGCUGUUUGCAGCCCCCAUGCUGGAGGACCUGCGGUCGUGGUUUCCCGAAAAGGUAGUGGCUGCCGUACCGUCCAUUCAAGCGUUCUUGGCGUGCAUGGAAACCCAAGCCCUUGGAACUUCGCAGCACCUGAUCGACCAGGUGGUGAAUGCAACAAUGGACCGACUGUGGCACCACCUGUGCGAUAUCGUGUUUGGCGAAGCGUUGGAGCGCGAGCUGCACCUUCCCCAGUUGCCUUCCCAUUUCAACCUUCGAGAGAACGCCCGUCACAUGCUGUACGACAUUCGCGUGGUGGCCCCGGCCCCGUGGUCGUUUGAGGUGCGGUGGCAGCCUCGAGGGGGACUUCCUGCCGUGUCGCUGUUGUCCAAGUCCGUAUCGCGAGGGAUUGUAGUUGUCCACAGCUCAAUGCACCCCCACGUGACCGUGGGCGAUGUCCUUUUGGGUAUCAACCGCCAGUUUCUGCCGUCCGCACUCCAAGCCGUCCAAACUCACUGGCUCCAUGCAAGUUCCAAGGCGUCGCUCGUACGACCCACGACCUUUCAGUUCCUUCGACAUUCCCAUAACCUCGUUGCGUCGUCACUAAACAAGUCUACACGAUGCUGGCAAGUGCCGUGGACUGUAUGGGACGAACCUGGGGGGCUCACAUCCAUUGAAUCGUAUGUGCAGUCGCGCCUUCCGUUGCGAGUGGACAAGUUAGCAACGUUGUGGGCUGAAAGCAGCGAACUAUGGGAACAUCACAAGACUCCGUCCAUUACUUGCUACCGCCACAUUCCAACGCAGCGCGUGUACUGCGACCACCCCAUGCACAUCGUGUCCCAGCCUCUAGUCCUGCAAACCCACUCAAGAUUGCGCUGGACCUGUCGCAAAGUCACGCGGCCGCGGCGGGUCCAUCGCAUGAUUAUGGAGGCCACUGCACGAGUGGAAGCGGCGAUGGCUGACGCAGUGCUGGACGCUUCGCUGGACGUCGUGAUGGCCCAGGUCGUGGGGCCCGGCACCGUCGAAUUCAGCGAGUCAUUCGUGGACCAAACACUUGCAUCGGUCUUGGCGAGCUUGGGCCGGGACCUGGAACUGUCGUUUGUCAAGAACAUUGGGCGAUUUCGGCACUUUCACAGGCAUCACGAGCCACCAGCGGUAGACAUGGCGGAGAUGGUUUCCAAGCGUGGGGAUGCUCUGGACUCAACGUCUCAGCGGGUUUCGGUUCUUCAGUCGCCGCCAGUGUUGCGAGCAGUGGCCAAAGUCGAGCCAAUCGUCGUAUUUGGCACUCUAUCGACUGCCGAAAAAAUUUCAUCUGUAGCCCACCUCGAGUUCUCGUUUUGGACGCUACUCGACACCAUCGAGAGGACUUCCGAGGCUUCCACGGACAACGAGGACAGUAUAACUACUAUUACUGGGCAAGACUACCAUGCGGCCUCGCAACCGCAGAACGAGAAUGCACCAACGCAGCAGCAGGACCUGCCUGAGACAAGUCGUCGACCGCCCGAUGAAACCCAGUUCGAUCCACUGGACGCAACGGAAGAGGAUGUUGUCUUGAUCGACGAUGCCAACGGCCUGUUGUCCAUCACGGUUGAGGCUGAGCCACUACCAUCAGGUCUUGCACCCAGUCAUGACAUCGUCACUACGACAGAGGACAAUAGCACAACGCCAGAGUUGACAAGCGCGAACGAGGAGGUACUGGACAGUCCGGCUGCUGCUCCGACACCAUCCAUGGGGCCACAGCUCGUCGAUCAAGCCCAAACCUGUCAAGUGGACACGGCCGCCUUGGCACAGUCGACUCCCCCGUUGGCUGGGUAUAACGAUGGCAUUGUCCCUGGUUUCGUUGCGCUGGGUACGAUUACAAGCCAACGGCUGGAGCGAGGCGAGUCGGCUGUCCCUGUGGUGGAUGUACCCGUGACGGUGGACAUGGACUACUGGGAGCUCUUAAACGACGAUACUCCAGUGGAAUGUGUCGACACCAACAACCCGUCCCAACGUUCAUUGUCGACGGUGGUGGACGAGGCUCCGUACUCGACGUACAUGGACGACUGGCCCCCUGACCUGUCAACUCCCCUGCCACACAAUCUUAAAGCCACAAGAUGUGAAGACCAACGUUUAUCAUCACAGUCCGAUGCGUCGUUGGCAUCGAUGAAAGAAUGGACGGACAGUGAUACGCAAACGGAUGUCACUUGCAGUGACGCGCUCCACGACGUUGAGACGGAAACAUUGUCACAUUGUGUGGCUGACGGAGUUAGUCAGACCGACGAGAUCAAGGGGGUUGUAAUGGUGGAUGAACAACUACAAACUGACAACACGACGCUGUUGGUGGCAGCAGCCACUCAAACCAGUGCAAGAAGUACUAUGCUAGACAACCAAGACAUACAAGAGGAACCGUCCUUGGCUGGUGGAACGACCGAGCCAUCGUCGCCGUCCACUUUGCCGAGUGAAACGACAACAGCACGGGAUACAGAGGUGACGUUCCCGCCACUACUCGGCCCAACCUUCUCUACUCCAUCAGACAUGGUACUCGAGCCAGAAUUCCCUAGACAAUUCGACAGUAGCAGCACGGAGUCCUCACAAGUGUCGGACAACGUGAUGGCCCCCGAAGUGGGAUUGGCUGCGACGGGUCCUGUGGAGGCGGUGAUGGAAUUUCCAGUGGAAAACCUAGAGUCAUCGGAUCUACUCACGACAGAAACAAAAGACAGCGAGGACGAGCCCCCAGACCAGUUGGCGUCGGGCGUUGCACUAGAACUCCCGCCUACCACACUGGCCACCAACUUCACGAAGGAGAAAUGUCCUGGGGAUCCAAGCGAUCAAAGGAUCCACGUUGGAGAUAUACUCGAACCACACGUCGACGCCACAUCAUGGGCGACCGAGGACAUGCCACCACGAGCAACCGACAACUCAGACGCCCGCUUGAACCCCCAACAUGGCAGCAGCUCCGAUCCAUCGCCCACCCUUGGUGAAGGGACUCCAUUGGCCACAGCACGCGCCAUCAUUUCGAGUCCAGACACGUCGACCCCAACCGAGAGUUUCAUCCAACAAGUUGCGAAUAUCCACGCGAUCGACCACGUAAACUUGCAAGUCGCAGUGGACAACGAGAAUCAAGGUGGUGGUGGUUCCAUGUACAAGGACGCAGUAACAAUGAAAUCACUGGAAGGACAAGAAGCUACGGAAUGCAAGACAAGUACUCACGAGUUGGAUGGAAAUGCUACAAUGACGAGGGAGUUCCCAGCGACUGAACAACCAAUGGCAAAGGACUGUGCAGCCAGUACAAAUAGUGCGCUAUCCCCACUAGUCGAGCCCAUCCCGCAUUUGGACAGCUACGAUACAUCACCACCACUAGCCAUUAACAAACCAGACAGCGACUGCUCCACCGGACAAGCAUCGGCGCACAAAGGAAGCCAGGCGGAAGCGAUCGCAUCCUACCAGUCCCGUGAACAACGCCAGACCAGUCCACGAGUAAUUAUCCACGAGGAUAAUCAGACGGUGAGAAAGCUGCCUAUGGUGCCUCUCCUGGAGGCGCUGCAGCUGAGUCCGGAAUGGAUGGUGGAGACGAAAUCUCUGGCCGCCACCCGUUGGGCUCUGCCUCGCUUGCGCUUGGAGCGCAUUAACGUUACCCGAAAAAAGCAGCCGACCCAACGACGGCAGCAACAGGCCACCGCCGCCGCGCGGCGCAUUCAGGCGGUGGUGCGAGCAUUUUUAGCCCAGAAAAAGAGGAGGUCGUCCCAACUAUACGACGUACAGCAUCGGCUCGGGAUUCGAGAAGUGCUGGACAUGGAACGAUGUGGGCCACGCCACAAAAUUACAAGCACAAACAAGUGGUUGCCAAGGGGGUUGAUGAAGAAGGAGGAGGAGAACCGCCCGACCAAGCUGCCAGUACUAUUAUUGCCCAAGUCGUGUAAGUCGUCGAGUGCAUGGCCUGAGCAAUCCACAACGGACGACGAUGAUGAUGGUGUUACGGGGUUUACACAACGGGAAAAGCAAUUGGCGGACGAGUUGCGCGACUUGAAUGCCAUCCUCGAACGCAAAACAUUGCAAAAACAACGAAAUAUGCAGUCGCUGCCACUACUCCCGGUACCUGCCUCCGUUCCACGUGUAUUUAUGGGAAAACGAAAAGGAAAACGGUAGUCAAGGUCGUGAUAAUUCAGUCCUGACCCUAUAACAGGACGACAGAAGAGGACUGUCGAUCAUACUAAUACCACAGUAGUAUGGGCAACUAGUUCCCCCAUACACUUCCGCCUCUUGAAUCAACGUUGGUUGAUGUUAGAUUAUUGAGCCAAUUAUAAUGCAACAUGCAUCCUUUUUACCC